AUGCCUGCGGUGAGCCACCAAGGUUUGCAACUAUGCAGCUCCGGGAUGUCCCUAAACCCAGUUAUAGCCCUGGGGACAGUAUACAUUAUGAGUGUCGCCCAGGUUACCAGCCCAAGCGUCCUUCUCUUCCUACCUCUGCUGUUUGUCAGGAUGAUAAUACGUGGUCACCUCUCGAGGAGGCCUGUACAGGAAAACAGUGUCCUAACCUAGGGGAUCCCCUAAAUGGCCAAGUACAGUACCCAAAUGGAAGUAUUCGUUUUGGCUCACAAGCUCAUUAUGUUUGUAAUGUUGGUUAUUUCUUAAUUGGACCAAGUAUUCUAUACUGUGACAUUUCUGAAAAUAGUGUGAACUGGAGUGAUAAUCCUCCAAUGUGUGAAAAGAUUUUGUGUAAACCACCUGAAAAAAUUCUAAAUGGAAAAUACACAAAUAGCCACAAGGAUAUAUUUGAAUACAGUGAAGUAGUAACUUAUAGUUGUGAUGCUUCAAAUGGAACAGAUCAGUAUUCACUUGUUGGAGAGAGCAAGCUUGUUUGUAUUGGAAAUGACAAAUGGAGUAGUGACCCUCCUCAGUGUAAAGUGGUCAAAUGUGCAUAUCCAUACAUUGAAAAUGGAAUGAUAGUCUCAGGACUUGGAUCAAAAUUUUACUACAAUGCAACGAUUGUAUAUAGAUGCAUGGAGGGUUUUAAGCUUAAUGGCAGCAACAAAAUCGUCUGUAGUGCGAACAGUACUUGGGAGCCUGAGAAACCAACAUGUAUUAAAGAGUCAACUACUCCUAGUACCCAGACUCCAAUUUCCAGUGCCUCAGUGUCAACUCCUCCCAGUUCCCAACCUCCAAUUUCCAGUGUCUCAGGACAUCCCAGUCCCAGUGAUGAACCACCACCUAAAGAUGCUGAGAGUUUAGGUGCAGGAAUCAUUGUUGCAAUUGUCAUUGGUGCACUUUUUGGCGUUGGAGUAGUCUGCAGCAUCUGCUUCUGUUUUUACAAAAAGAAGAAAGGGAAAGAAGGUAUUGCUACAUACAGUGCUUACCAGGAUAAGGCAACCACUCCAGCAGAGUAG